CACGCCUGUCAGUCGGUCGAAAACUGAGCCCGAGCCCGAAGCUGCCACCUCGGAUGUCCUCGACCGCUUGCUUCCGCAUUCCCACGGCGGCUCGCGUCCAUGCGCUCGGGAGAAAAACCGGUCGGUCCGGCUCAUCUGGAGCGCGCUGCCGCUGGGCCGGAACAAUGCUUCAUCCCGGCCGGCCGCGCAGGAGAGCAGCAGGGCGCGCGGGGCGGCUGCUUCUGUGCUGCUUCGCUUCUGCUGGGCUGCGGGGGCUCGCGUUCAACGCUUGAAGGACGCUUGUGAGAUCCGGAGGUCAUGGAGGGCUGCUGCCGCUCCUGCAUGCCCUGUUUGAAGCGCCUUUGGGACUACAUCUGGCCCGACUUCCGCUACCCGAACCAUGUGAUCGCCAACCCGGCGGCCGCGCAUGAAGCCGAGAUCAGGACGGUGUCGGGCGACAUCCGCGUGCCGUCGGGCGACAUCCGCGUGCCGUCGGGCGACAUCCGCGUGCCGUCGCCCAAGAAGAGGCCGGUCCAACUGUACGCGGCGCUCUUCGACUUCGAGGCCCGCAGCGAUGACGAGCUGACGGUCCGGGAGGGCGAGAAGCUUUCUGUGCUGGAGCAGCGGGGUCACUACGUACUGGCCAAAAAGGUCACCGGCUCGCUGGAGUCUGGACUCAUCCCUGCCAACUAUGUGGCCGUCCUCCAGGACGAGUUCGCCAAACACAAGUGGUACUACGGCAACAUCAACCGGACCAAAGCCGAGAAGCUGCUGCUGGCCCCCCAAAACAAAGAUGGCUGCUUCCUGGUACGCAUCAGUGAGAGUCACAGUGAUGAGUACACCCUCUCAGCUCGAAGCGACGGGAAGGUGAUCCACUUUCGUGUGCAGCGUUCCUCCAUCGGCGCUUAUUUCGUGUCAGACAAGGUCUCCUUCGGGACGCUGGGCGAGCUGGUCUCGUACUACCAGAAGAACCCUCGCAGUUUGGGCGUGCUGCUGACGGAACCUUGUGUUCAGCAGCGGGAGCUUUACGACAUGGAGCCUUGGGAGCGGCCUCGGGAGGAGUUCAAGCUGCACCGCAAGUUGGGCGAAGGCCACUUUGGAGAAGUGUGGGAGGCUCUGUGGACCACCGAGAAUAAGCGAGUAGCCAUUAAGAUGCUCAAACAAGAGGACACCAAACAGGAUGAGUUUGUGAAGGAGGUGCAAGCGCUGAAGAGCCUCCACCAUCCCAAGCUGAUCCAGUUGCUGGCCAUGUGCUCCCGAGGAGAACCCGUCUAUAUCGUGACCGAGCUGAUGAGCAAAGGAAGCCUCAAAUCUUACCUGGCCUCUGCAGAAGGCCAGGUGCUGACCUCAGCUCACCUCAUCUACAUGGGCAGUCAGGUGGCCGAGGGCAUGGCCUACCUGGAAGACAGGAACAUCGUCCACAGAGACUUGGCGGCGAGAAACAUCCUGGUGGGAGAGGAUCUGGUCUGCAAGGUGGCAGACUUUGGACUGGCGCGUAUUAUCAAGGACAGCGUGUACACGGCUAGCCGGACCACCAAGAUACCCGUGCGGUGGACGGCACCAGAGGCCGCCAUUCAUCAAAAGUUCUCCGUCAAGUCCGACGUGUGGUCCUUUGGCGUUCUGCUCUACGAGAUGAUGUCACGUGGGAAAAUGCCCUACGAAGGCAAAAGCAACAAGCAGGUGUUGGAACUGCUGUCAUCAGGGGCUCGCCUGGCGUGUCCCAGCAGAUGUCCUCACAACAUCCACCGCAUCAUGAUGGACUGCUGGGCGGCCGAGCCGUCCAAGAGGCCUUCCUUCCAUGCUUUGCAUAGCCAGCUGGACUCCAUUUACGCUCGGAUCUACUUCAAGACCAUUGAGGUGUGACCACGUGACUGGCGGUGAGGAGGAGGACAACUUUGUUCCCACAGACGCUGAAAGAAAUUUUCAUCUGAAGACCACCAAUGAUGAAUACAGGCCACAAAGAGGCGCUACGUGCAAUAAUGAUGUGCUGGUUAGCCACAUUGCUGCCUGACAGAAGCCAAUAUUUUUGUCCAAUCUUCAAUCACCUUUCUAAAGGAAGAUGGAACGUUUCUGAUUUCUCAAUGGAGGCAGAAUUCCCUUUUGGUCAUUAGCUUUAGCAUGAUCAUUUCUUCAGAACAAAAAUGGAAACCUGAAAGUGUUCAGGCUUGCAUAGUUGUUAAAGCACUGCACAUUGACGAUGGGUGGGCAAAUUUGGGCUCAGGGCUUUUUUUGAUAAAGAGUAUUUUAAAAUUCGUAAGAAUGAGUUACCCUUUUUUCCCUCCUCCUAAAUUUGAAUUGGAUUUAUUUUUUUAUGGAAUCGAAUAAUUGGUUAUUUGAUUUAUUAAGAAAGUAUUGCAAAAAUGGCUCCAUUUACCAAGAACCUUACAAGUAAUUAUGUUUGCAGUUGCCUAUAUUAGUAGUUUGAGCUGUAAAGAAUGAUCAUUUCUGGUCAACAAAUGUUUACUACAUUUUUUUAAUCAGAGAUGCAAGUAAACUUUUAGAGAUACAUUUUUUACACUGAUUCCGAAUCGGCCCUACUUUGUUCUCUUUUUUACUGUGAUGUCAUAGCUACAAAUGACAAGUAACGAUUAAAUUCGUAUUGCGUAAGCUUUUCUAGGUCAAACAUAAAAAUGAAAAUAUUGCCAAACCUUAAUAUGCUAGAAAGUAAUUGACUUUUUUUGAUUUGAAUUUGUGUCAAAAAUACUUUUCAGGACUCAUUAAGCAUCUGUAAUUUAAAAUAUGCUGUAGACCAGCGUUGUGAUCUAAAACAUUUAAAAUUAAAUUUCAAACCCUUCUUAAAAAAUCAAUAACUUGCCCAUUAUUUGAUUCUGCUUUUUAACAGCCACUCAGCAGAGCAAAACGGGAAAGACUUUCCAACAGUUAACAUUCUUACUUGACACUAAUGACUACUUUUGAGGUCACGCAAAAAAUGUUAAUAGGUGAAUUCCUCCAUGGCGAAUUCAACAUGGAAAAUGUUGUUAUUCAAUUAUACGUUUAAAUUCGCUGUAGAUUACAAUGUAUUAAUAAAUAAUAUAUUAAAAUAAGAAAAUUUUAUUUUAUUUGUAUAAUUCAGGUUUUACAUGUUUUACUUUUUAAUGACAUUUUUAAAUCUAUCCUCGUCUGAUGACCCGACCCAUUCGUCUUUUUAUUUUUUUAUUUAUUAAAUAAAAGUGAGCACAAAGGUUUGCCCACCCCUUGGCUGUUUUGCACAUUCCACCACUCGGCUAGUGUGUUACUUUUGUGUAUUUCUUUAAGUCAGUCUUCCAGAUGCGUCCAGAGGGGGCGCCAUGUUUACACAGUCGUCGUCGCCACGAUCACUGCGCUUUUGACACGGUUGCUUGCUUGCAUGCCAUGCAAUGAGACACAACAAUGCAACUUUGACAUUUACAAUCUCGAGCCAUACAAAAAAUAGGUAGAGAGUGACAAGUUACUUAUGAGUCACAAACAAUAAAAUCUUUCCACUCUAA